AUGCCUUCCAUUUUAUCGAAAGUCUUUCUUUCUCUUAUGGCCAUCGGUUCCACCACGGCUGCCAUAGUCUACCUAGCAGGAGAUUCCACAAUGGCAAAGUCGGGCGGGGGCUCUGGCACUGAAGGCUGGGGAGAAUAUCUAAAAUACAGCCUACCGUCUGACUACACAGUAUCCAACAAGGCUAUUGCAGGUCGCUCGGCGCGUUCAUACACUCGAGAAGGCCGUUUUCAGGAGAUCGCCAAGGUGGUGCAGUCAGGUGACUGGGUGGUCGUUGAAUUUGGGCAUAACGAUGGUGGGAGUCUUAGUCCUACUGACAAUGGCCGGACAGACUGCUUUGGCGACGGAGACCAAACUUGCCGAACGACUUACAACGGUGUUGCUGAAACUGUCUUGACAUAUCCAGCCUAUUACAAGAAUGCAGCAAAGCUGUUCCUCGCUAAUGGGGCAAAAGUGAUUCUCAGCUCAGCUACACCAAACAACAUCUGCGAAACAGGAACUUGUGGUUGGGGUCCGUCACGAUUCGACUACUACGCCUGGCUCGCGGCUAGUCAACUCGGCGGCACAUCAGCUGGGGUCUACCACGUGGCGCAUGGUGAAUACGCCGCUCAGGUUAUGACGAACCUUGGUACGAGGACGGUCAACGCACAUUAUCCCAAUGACCACACGCACACUGAUCCGUAUAUGGCAAAUGCGAUGGCAGGAAGCUUUGUCCUUGGCCUUAAAUGUGGCACAUCACCAUUGGGCGCAGCAGUCAAGAAUUCGACUGCAUCAUUAACAUCUUCUUCUUACGGGCCCUGCAUAUCUUUCAACAGCACCGUUCCCAUCUAG